CGCAAUGGAUGACAGAUGGGACCAACGGGAGCACCUGGGCCCAGGUGGCGGUGUGAGUUAGUAUUGAGUAAAUGACGCGGGAGACGAGCAGGACGGCAGCCCACACAUCGUCUUCUUCGGUUCGUCUCUGCUCUGCUGCUGGGAUCACCGUCACCGGCAACCGCGAGGGAGGGAGAGGGACAGAGCGAAGAGAGAGAAAACUGAAGAAACAACAUUUUCCGUUUUUCUUGCUUAGUGAAACCAGUGGAAGAGGGAGAGAAAAGAAGACGAAGACGACAAUAUAAGUAAAUAAAAAAAAGGCAGCGAGCGAGGUGGGGAAAAAGGGGCGAGUUGAUAGAGAGAAAGAUAGAGAGAGAAGGCGAGGGAGGCAGGGAUCACGAGGUGUGCUUCCUCCUCCGCCCAAUCGGGCCCAACCAAAUCCCGCCAGCGCCGCCUCCUUUAUACUCCCACCUCUUUCCCGGAGCUUCUUGGAUCACGGGACGCGCGCCGCGGGCCGGUACGCUGCUGGUGCUGGACCGCUCGACUCUCGCCUACCAGCUGCUGCUUUGGCUGGCGCGCCGGCGAGAGAGAGAGAGAGAGAGGGACGCGACGGCGAUGGACCGGGCGGCGCUCACCGUGGGCCCGGGGAUGGACAUGCCCAUAAUGCACGACGGCGACCGCUACGAGCUUGUCCGCGACAUCGGCUCCGGCAACUUCGGCGUCGCGCGCCUCAUGCGCAACCGCGCCGACGGCCAGCUCGUCGCCGUCAAGUACAUCGACCGAGGCGAGAAGAUUGACGAGAACGUGCAGCGGGAGAUCAUCAACCACCGCUCGCUGCGCCACCCCAACAUCAUCCGCUUCAAGGAGGUCAUCCUCACCCCGACGCACCUGGCCAUCGUCAUGGAGUACGCCUCCGGCGGCGAGCUCUUCGAGCGCAUCUGCAACGCCGGCAGAUUCAGCGAGGACGAGGCGCGUUUCUUUUUCCAACAACUCAUAUCAGGGGUCAGCUACUGCCAUUCCAUGCAAGUAUGCCAUCGUGACUUGAAGCUAGAGAACACCCUGUUGGACGGCAGCACCGCGCCUCGCGUCAAGAUAUGUGAUUUCGGCUACUCAAAGUCAUCAGUUCUACACUCUCAGCCCAAAUCUACCGUGGGAACUCCAGCAUACAUUGCUCCUGAGGUUCUUCUGAAGAAGGAAUACGAUGGGAAGGUUGCCGACGUGUGGUCGUGUGGGGUAACCCUCUACGUGAUGCUGGUCGGCGCGUAUCCAUUCGAGGACCCAGACGAGCCUAAGAAUUUCAGGAAGACGAUCCAGAGAAUACUGGGCGUGCAGUACUCGGUUCCAGACUACGUCCACAUAUCUCCGGAAUGCCAGGACCUAAUCUCCAGGAUCUUCGUCGCCAACCCGUCCACCAGGAUCACCAUGCCCGAGAUACGGAGCCACCCUUGGUUCCUGAAGAACCUCCCGGCCGACCUGGUGGACGACAGCGCGACGACGACGAGCAAGCAGUACGAGGAGCCCGAGCAGCCGAUGCAGGGCAUGGACGAGAUCAUGCAGAUCCUGGGCGAGGCCACCAUUCCGGCGGCGGGGUCCCGCGGGCUCAACCAGUUCCUGAACGACGGCCUGGACCUCGACGACGACAUGGAGGACCUGGACUCGGACGCCGACCUCGACCUGGAGAGCAGCGGGGAGAUCGUGUACGCUAUGUGACGGCGCCGAGUGCUCAGCGACGAGGCAAUGUCUCGUUGCGCUCGCAGGUUGCCGAGAUAACUAGAGAGACGGAGAGGGUGGGUGUGUGCUGCUGCUGCCUGCAGCCUGCGUGUAGUUGUGUGCUUUCAGGUCUCUGCUGCUCAUGCCUGAUGCCGUCGUUCGUGAUGGCCCCUUUUUACCGUCCUGUUGUGUUUGGCCGUUGUUAUUUGGUGCGCCUUCAGUGCAGUGUUUUGCAACGGUUUAGCCAUUUGGAAUCGCUACUGCUACAACCUCGUUCAUCCGAGAGGACCCUUUGUUUCUGCAUCCCCAGCGAUGUACUUGUAUUACUACACUGUAUCAUAUGUUAUAUUUGGUGUAGGAAAAUAAAGGAACUCCAUUGCCCGUUCUCUGUC